GGCGGGCGCUCAGUCCGCGCGCGCCUUUGCCAUGGCUCGGUGGCCGCUCGCUCUGGCGGCGGUGCUGCUGCUCGCCGCCGCGACGACCGACGCGCGCAAGUCGUCCCCCGCCCCCCCGGCCAAACAGGAGCCCCGCAUCGAGGAGGUCACCGCAAAGCAGCUGGAGCGAGUGCUCGACGAGAAGGACUUCGUGGCGGUGUACUGGUAUGCAAGAAGCUGUGUGACAUGCGAUAAAGUGCUCGACGAACUAGAGAAGAUUGAUGACGACACGGACACCUUCGGGGUAGACUUCGUCAAGAUCAAUGACAAGCGGCUGGCGAAACAGUAUGGCAUCACGAAAUUUCCCGCCCUCACGUACUUCCGUGAGAAGGAACCGAUCAUUUACGAAGGAGAUCUCAUGGACGAAGAAAGCGUCCUGGAUUUCUUGACGAGUUUAGAAGCAAUGGACCUUCCUGACCGGAUAGAAGAAGUGAACCAAAAGAUCCUAGCGAAAAUCAUCGAAGAUACAGACUAUGUAGCGGUUCUCUUCUGUCCCGAUCACAAAAGUUGCGGCCCGUCAAACAACAAGCCAGAAUGCAAGAAAUGCGCGAAAGCUCUUCAAGAACUGGAGAACAUCGACGACGAGGCCGACCAGCUUGGUAUCGGAUUCGUGAAGAUCCACGAUGAGGAAUUAGCCGAGGAGUACAGUCUUGGAGAUCUGCCAAGACUAGUGUACUACAGGCAUCAAAUACCUAUUAUCUACGAAGGUGAAUUAAGCAGGGAGGAAGAUGUGCUCGAAUGGCUAAUCGCUAACAAAUCUACUGGGGACGAGGAAGACGUUAUCGAAGAUGUCACUGCAAAAACCCUGAACACACUGAUCGGAAACGUCGACCACCUUGUUGUGCUGUUUUAUGACCAUGGCGAAGAGGAAUCAAUGACCGUCCUCGGUGAGCUAGAGAAGAUAGAUGACGACUGCGACCGCCACGGCAUACAGUUCGUCAAGAUUGAUGACCAAAAAGCCGCGCGAGCAUUCGGGAUCGACAAUAUGCCCUCCAUCGUCUACUUCGAAAAGCAAAUUCCUAACGUUUACGACGGUGAUCUUGAGAAUGAAGAAGAAAUUCUGGAAUGGCUCGUGGACCAAUUAGAGAAGGACGAAAUCGAAGAUGUAACUGAUGAAAUGUUGGAUCGCCUCAUCAAGGACGGCAAGACUGUUGCCGUCCUCUUCUAUGAUAAUAACGACCGUAAGUCUCAGAAGGUGCUAAACGAACUGGAGAACAUCGAUGAUGAAUGUGACCAACUCGGCAUUGCGUUUGUGAAAAUAGACAAUGAUGAGGAAGCUAAAGAAUACGGCAUUGAAAAGAUACCCACGCUUUUGUACUUUGAAAAGGGCAUCCCUACUUAUUAUGAAGGAAAUUUGGAAGAGGAGGAGAAAGUCCUCGAAUGGCUGAAACAUCAAGCUGAAAGUGACGAAAUUGAAGACAUAACCGACGAGAUGCUCGACCUGAUCAUAGAAAAAAUGCCGUACGUCGCCGUUCUGUUCUACGACAAGGAUCAUAAGAAAAGUCAGAAGAUUUUAGUUGAGCUGGAAAACAUCGAUGACGAGUGCGAUCAGAAUGACAUCGCUUUCGUUAAGAUUGAUGACGACAAAGAAGCCAAGGAGUACGGUAUUGAAACUAUUCCAACGAUGGUGUUCUUCGAGAAAGGCAUUCCGCACAUGUAUGAAGGUGACUUGAUGAAAGAGGAAGAGUUGUUGGGAUGGCUGCUUCAUCAGAAACGUCACAGCGAAAUUCCCGAAGUGACUGAUGAGAUGAUGGACAAACUUAUCGAAAGCACUCCUUAUCUCGCUGUUAUUUUCUAUGACAAGGACGACAAACAAGACAUCAGAAUCCUAAACGAAUUGGAAAACAUUGACGAUGAACUAGAAAAAGAAGGCAUUGUCAUCGUAAGGAUGGAUAACGAGGCUGAAGCAAAGGAAUUUGGUAUCGACCACCUCCCGACCUUGAUUUACUUCGAAGAGAACAUCCCAGCGAUCUACGAGGGUGAUUUGAUGAAUGAAGAUGAAGUGCUAGAAUGGCUCAUUGAGCAGAAGAACAGCGCUACUAUUGAAGAGGUUACCGACGAAAUCUUGGCUGAUUUGAUUGAGGAACACGAAUACGUUGUUGUGUACUUUAGUGGUAACUGUGAAGAGGGCGAGGAGUGCGACAACAUCCUGGACGAGUUAGAAAACAUUGACGACGAGCUCGACGAGACAGGCAUCAUCUUCGUCACCACUGAGGACAUCUUGCUCGCUAAAAAGUACGGCAUCAAGACCUUUCCCACACUCGUGUUCUUUAGAAACAAGGACCCUCUUAUUUACAAAGGUGAUAUCGAAGAUGAAGAUGAAGUGUUGGCAUGGCUAACUGAUGAAGACACUUUGGAAAUUCCUGGCAAAAUCGAAGAAGUCAAUGCCAAAAUGUUGGAAAAAAUCUUGGAAGAAAACGACCACAUCGUUGUCUUCUUCUACAAAGAGGGUGACAAGAAAUCGCAGAAGAUCCUGAGCGAAUUAGAAAACAUCGAUGAUGAAUGCGAAGAGAAAGACAUUGAUUUCGUAAAGACCUCUGAUGAUGGAAUCGACAAGGAAUAUGACCUUCCCGACCUCCCAGCUUUGGCCUUUUACAGACACAAGUUCAGGACAAUUUAUGAAGGAGAUCUAAUGCAUGAAGAGGCUAUCCUCAAGUGGGUGUUGGAGCUUCACGAUUCACAGCCUGAUAUCAUUGAGAACGUAGACAGGAAGACUUUGAAGGCCCUCAUCAACGAUGUUGAACAUCUAGCCGUGUUUUUCUAUAGCGAAGACUGUGAUACUUGUGAGGACAUUCUUGAAGAGCUGGAGACAAUAGACGACGACACAGACAAACACGGCAUUCAGUUUGUCAAGUCUAAGGACUCUAAACUCGCUUCUGAUAUUGGAAUAUUCAGCUUCCCAGCGUUGGUAUAUUACGAAACGGGAGUUCCAAUUAUGUAUGACGGAGAUCUAUUGGAUGAGUCUGAAGUACUGGAUUGGAUGGUAAAGCAAAAAGAAGACGAGAGCAUAGAGGAAAUAGAUAGAGACAAGUUAUUCAAAUACAUUGAAUCAAAGGAAUUCUUGGCUGUUAUAUUUUAUAAAGAAGAAGAUCCAGAAAGCCCCAGAAUUCUGCGACACGUGGAGUUGAUAGACGACGAAGCAGCGGAGUACGGUAUAAAAAUAGCUAAAUGCAGCGAUAGACUUAUGGCCAAGAAGUACGGAUUCCGUAAUCCGCCGGGCAUUACAUACUUUAGGAAAACUAAAUACAUCAACUAUGAUGGGGAUAUUGACGAUGAGGAAGAAAUAUUGGACUGGCUGACUAACCCUGAAAACAUGGAGCUCACAGAUCAUAUUGAAAAAGUUAACAGAAAAAUGUUUCAGAAGAUAAGACAGACAUCGGAUUACGUUGCUGUCUUCUUUUACAGUAAUGACUGCAAACAGUGUCCCAGAGUGCUUGCUGAAAUCGAACACAUUGAUGAUGAUGCCGAUUCUGCUGGAAUUAAUUUCGUGAAGAUUGAUGAUAGGCAAAUGGCGAAGGAAUAUGGAGUUUUCGCUCUACCUGCUGUUUUGUUUUUCAAAUUGGGCUCUAAAGAUCCAGUCAUAUAUGCAGGUGAUUUGUAUGACGAACAGCAACUAUUGAGUUGGUUGCUGACUCAGAAGAAUCCAGCAGGGGAUAUAAUAGAAGCACUGGAGGGACAAGACUUGUUAGAUCUCAUACAAGAGUCAAGUUCACUCGCAGUUUACUUCUGGAACAAAACGUUAUGCGAAAUUUGCAAUUCGAAAGCAAUGAAAAAGAUGAGAAAAAAAGAAAGGGAAGACGACGAAGAGGGACUGGAGCAAGAGGAUGGUCCCGACUGCGAUCAAUGUGCCGGAAUCUUGGAGGAGCUUGAGAACAUUGACGAUGAUUGCGACAGGCACGGAAUCAAAUUCGUAAAGACUCAAGAUUACUCUAUCGCUGAAUCUUAUGGUGUCACUGACUUCCCUGUACUCGUUUACUUCGAACAUAAUGUGCCAAAUGUAUACGAAGGCUUAUUAGCUGAGGAAGAAGAAGUGCUGCAAUGGUUGAUAACGCAGAAAACUGAAGAUCGAAUUGAACUUAUCACCAGAGUUAUGCUUGAGAAGAUGGUAGAGGAAACGCAGUACUUGGCCGUGUAUUUCUAUAAAUUAAAUUGUCACAUCUGCGACCAUAUCCUUGAGGGAUUGGAAAGCAUUGACGAUGAGUGCGAUGUAUACGGCAUCCACAUGGUAAAGAUUCAAGACCCCCAACUGGCUAAGAGAUAUUCUAUCAAGACCUUCCCAGCUAUGGUUUACUUCAGGAACGGUAAUCCACUUCUUUUUGAGGGAGACCUGCAAAAUGAAGAAUCCAUUUUGGAAUGGCUUGUUGAUGAUGAUAACAGGGAGCUGGCUGAUGAGAUUGAAUCAGUCAACGAAAGAAUGUUAGAGAGACUUCUCUACGAAUCACAUUUGCUUGUUGUUUUCUUUUAUGACGAUGAAGAUUGUCCAGAAUGCACGGAAAUACUUGAAGCACUGGAACAGAUUGAUGGAGAAGUAGAUCAAUAUGGUAUAGAUUUCGUAAAGAUCGCGAGUCCUGAAGCCGCUGCCACGUACAACAUCGUCCACAUACCAUCUCUGGUAUAUUUCAGGAAGCAAGUGCCCAUGCUUUAUGAUGGAGAUUUGCAUCAAGUGGACAGAGUACUGCAAUGGCUCACUUCUCAGGAUGUUUUUGAAAUUAAAAACGAGAUUGAGGAAGUGAAUAGGAAGAUGUUGGAUAAACUGUUGGAAGAGAAUGAAUUCCUGGCUGUUUACUUCUAUGAAAAGUCCUCUGAGAGUCGAGCAGUUCUGGACAAACUCGAGAACAUUGAUAGUGAGACUGACAACCUAGACAUCACAUUCGUGAAGAUGCAGGACCCGCGCUAUGCUCGCAAAUGGGGCGUCACCCGUCUACCGGCUAUCGUCUAUUUCAGGAAACGAUUCCCAAGCAUAUACCGAGGCGACCUGAUGUCAGAAGAGGAAGUACUAGAAUGGCUGCGCAAAAACAGAUUCAGACAGCCAGAGCUGAACAUUUUUAUGUACGCUUUGAUAGCUUUAUCGAUAGCGUUCAUAAUGUACACUGCAUUCUUACUACAGUGCUUCAAGCCCGCGCCGCCUGCUCCUGCUCAGCAUCCCAAGCAGGCGUGAGGCACCACGCACUCAUAUUCAACAUUGUUGUGACUUAUCGGCCUUGGGCCUUGUGGCUUUACAAUAAUGGCGGAGUUGCCAAAUCAAAAUAGAAUUUAUUUAAUUUGUCCAAUCUUUCAAGUCCAAUUAUUUUUGUUUUGCGAAAGAUUUCAGUUAAACGUCUGUUCAUCUUUUAUAUUUUGAAGAGGCUGGUCCUCGCAUAGAACUAUUAGGUCUUCUAAAAUAACUUUUAUUAUAUACUAUACUAUACUUCGCUACGAUGUGGCAACUCUGCUAUUACACCGAUUUUGACAAUAAUUAGUCCGUGAAAAUCCAAAAACUCAAAGACGAUCACGGAUUAUCUUAGACGUUACACGUUCUUGGGAUCAAACUUACAAUGAUAGAGAUUAAGAGGUACAUAAUCGUAUAUCUUACGAGAAACUGGAUUAACAACUAGGAACUUUCUAGAUUUUGUAAUUCUUUGAUAAAUUUCUCUUGUGUUACUAAUGACAUUCGUGUAAUUUGUUAAGGCAUUUUCACGUUGCCCUCUUUAAGACUGUAAUUUCGGUAGAACGCAGUAUGAUUUAGUGUGAGACGUACUGUUCCCAGUUUAUCCAGUAACAUGAGAAUCGAUAAUCACACCGACAUUUUCUUCUAUAUAGCCAUUUAGGUUUCGUUCGGCCUUCGUUAAGUUUGCGUUUUUAUUUUGCGAGCUCACGAGUAAUUUCAUAAUGCUCCUCGCUUUCAAUAGUGGACAGUUGAUUCGUUACGGAUUUGUGGAUGUUCUAGUUUAUUUUGAUCGUAAAGUUUUAUUAUAACACAUGUUUUAGUGUCGUAAAUUGGUAUAGAAAUAUACGAGCGAUAUAAAUGUAUUUUUAGUGAUUUUGCUCUUGAGCUCUUUUUUCGAGUGACUGUCCAAUGUGCGGGAGGACUGACGCCCGCGUGUUACUACGUUAUUCCGUCGUUUGAAAUGGUUAGAUUCUAAUUUAAGAGCUAAUAAAUGUCCCCUUGUUAUUCUGUUUUGUAACUCGUAAGAGGUGUAACUCCUGAGUGAAAGCUCAUUCUGCGGGAAGCGUGCACCGAAUAUCUCAAUUGACAAGAAUGGAGUUUGAGUCUUACCUUAAAUAAGUGGGAUUCAGCUGCCUCCAUGAAAACGUGACUGGGUCAAUAGUCGUGCUGCACGUUCCGCUUUACCACACGCUCUUCUAGAGCGGGCACUCAGGUCUUACACUAACGUAGUACCAUGCCCGAAAUAUUCUGUAUCAUUCCCGCUCGUGUUGUAUAAUAUUAUUGUGUAUAAAUAUAAUAAUACCUUUACAAAGCAUCAAAGGAAGCAUAAAGUUGGGAAUACGUGAAAGUUGACAUUCUGUUUGAUCAAUGUUUUGUAUCUCUAUACUGAUUUUCCGAUAACUAAAAUAGAGCCGAUUAAAUUUUAGAUUAUGUCCCAUUCUGACAGCAGCCAAUGUGACAUCUUUCAUGAAUUGUCAACUUUGACAAACAUUAUGCUCAAGGAGGCAUGUGGGCUAAGACAUGCGCAUUCGUUUAUGUUAACGUUGUAUAUAAAAUGUAAAUAUAAUAAAAUAAAUAAAAAAUGGUAAAACUAA